AGAUUGAGAACCUAAACGUCCUAACCAAACAAAUCAGGAAUCUCUCCAACUACGCGCUAAUUCCAUCUUUAUUUAAUUUAAUUUAAAAAAAACGUUCGAAAUUUCCAAAGUGCGUCUUUCUUUCUCCCACUGCAGUUACCACUCUCCUACUCAUAUAACCAACUCUUCACAUUUUCUCCAUUCUCACAAAAAUCCAAAUCUUCUCCGUAACCGUUUUUCUUCACAAUGUCUCGUCGCGGUGGCGCAAACCAUUAUGAUCCUCGCCGUAACCAACUUUCUCCGGCGACUUCUCAACAAUCUUCCGUCAAUGCUCCAGGAUCAGGCCGUGGCCGUGGUGCAAACCAUCCCGAUUCUCACCGUAACCAACCUUCUCCGCCGAUUUCACAACAAUCAUCCAUCAAUGCUUUACUAUCAGGCCGUGGUGCUGGUCGUGGUUCACACGCCGGACACACCGUUCCAUCUUCCACUCAAACUCCGGUUACAGUCACCGCUUCUUCAUCAACAUCAUCGCCGGUUAUUUAUCAUCCAUCUGUCGUAGCACCGGUUGCCGCUGGUUCGAGUUCGGUUUCAACUGUUCCAUCUUCGUCUCUGCCUCCGACGACAGCAUUGCUGAGUUCUGAACUUGAAAAGAAGCUUACACUGGAGACGGUUCCGGAGGCUUCUGCUCCGUCGUCUCAGAAGGCGACAAGGUUCCCUGACCGUCCUGGUUUCGGUCAAGUAGGAAGGAAGAUUCGAGUUCGCGCCAAUCAUUUCCAUGUGCAAGUCGCUACUAAUAAAGUUCUUCACCAUUACGAUGUAUUGAUUGCACCUGAGAUUGCAUCGAAGAAAGUGUCCAGGGAUGUUAUCAAUCAGUUGGUGAAAAUGCAUAAGGAGUCCCUAUUGGGGAAUAGGAUUCCUGCCUAUGAUGGGAGAAAGAGUCUGUUUACUGCUGGUCCAUUACCAUUUACGUCGAAGGUUUUUGUGAUUAACUUGGUUGAUGAGAACAAAGGAUCCUCUUCUGGUUCUGACACGAAAAAGCGUGAACGCGAGUUUAAGGUUACAAUUAAGUUAGCUUCGGAACCCGAUUUGAACCAUCUUGCUCAGUUUCUCCGUCGUUUGCAGCUGGAUUGUCCUUAUGAAACCAUACAAGCUCUUGAUAUUACUUUGCGAGCAACUCCAUCUGAAAUGUAUACUGUUGCAGGGAGGUCAUUUUUCUCUCCCCGUUUGGGGGCACAGGGGCCUCUUGGCGGUGGGACAGAAUAUUGGAAAGGCUAUUAUCAAAGCCUUAGGCCAACACAGAUGGGAUUGUCCCUCAAUAUUGAUGUUGCUUCGAGGGCUUUUUAUGAACCGAUUCUUGUGACUGACUUUAUUUCUAAGAAUUUUAAGUUGAAUUUUUCAAGGCGACUGUCCGAUCAAGAUCGUGUCAAGAUCACGAAAGCCUUGAGAGGUCUUAAGGUAAGAUUCUCUCGCGGAGAGAUCAUAAGGAGUUACAAGGUGACCGGUGUCUCAAAAGAGCCACUCAGAGACCUAACGUUCAUGCUUGAUGACAAAGUAACUCGGAAAAAAGUUGUUGAUCAUUUCCAUGAGAGAUACGGUACUGUGUUAAAGCAUCCACUUCUUCCCGCUCUCCAAGCCGGAAGUGACACGAGGCCUAUGUAUUUUCCAAUGGAGCUUUGUCAAAUUGAGCCUGGACAAAGGUACUCCAAAAGAUUGAACGAAGAGCAAGUAACUAAUCUUUUAAGGGCCAACUGUCAGCGUCCCCAUCAGAGGGAAAGUGAUAUUAAAAAUAUCGUGAAGCAGCACCGUUUCAACAUAGACGAAGUUGUGUGUGAGUUUGGUAUCAAUGUAAGGGAGGAACUUGCUUUGGUUGAUGCCCGUGUUUUGCCUCCCCCAACGCUCAAAUAUGGUGGAGAGUCAAAAAUUAACCCCAUGAUGGGACAAUGGAAUAUGAUGAAACAUAAAGUGGUUAAUGGUGGCAAGGUGGAAUUUUGGAGUUGCCUUAGCUUUUCUAGAUUGAACCCAACUCAAUUUUGUGCGGAGUUGGCUAUUAUCUGUCAAGCCAAGGGAAUACUUUUCAACCGAGAUCCUUUGGUACCUAUAGCCCCAGCCAAUUCAAAUGAAAUUGAGAAAGAGCUUGAGGAAUUCGACAAGUACUGCAAGGCAAAACUUAAUAGUACAAACCAGAAAGGAAGGCUGCAACUGUUGAUAGUUAUUUUGCCUGAUUUCAAGGGGAGGUUUUAUGACCAAAUAAAGCGUGAAUGUGAAACUAAAUUAGGAAUUGUGACUCAAUGUUGCGAGCCAAGGAAAGUGGCAAAGAUGAAUAAAAUGUAUCUGGAGAAUUUGGCUUUAAAGAUUAAUGUUAAGGUUGGUGGUCGUAACACCGUGCUGAAUGAUGCAGUUAUAUAUAAUAUUCCCCUAGUAACUGAUAAACCAACUAUAAUAUUUGGAGCGGAUGUAACACACCCUCAUCCAGGAGAAGACUCAAGUCCUUCUAUAGCUGCAGUGGUGGCAUCCAUGGAUUGGCCUUGCGUCACAAAGUACAGGGGGAUGGUUUCUUCCCAGAUUCAUCGGGAAGAAAUUAUUCAAGAUCUUUAUACAGAAACAAAACAUCCUCAAAAGGGAACUGUGCCUGGUGGAAUGAUAAGGGAGUUACUCCUGGCUUUCUAUAGAUCAAAUAAUAAACGGAAGCCUGAGAGGAUCAUAUUUUACAGAGAUGGAGUAAGUGAAGGGCAGUUUAGUCAGGUUUUGCUGUAUGAGAUGGAUGCAAUUUGGAAGGCUUGUGCCUCAUUUGAAGAGGGGUAUCUGCCAAAAGUUACAUUUGUGGUUGUCCAAAAGAGACAUCACACCCGAUUCUUUCCGGUCAGUUCUGAUCAGACAGAUAAAAGUGGAAACAUAAUGCCAGGAACUGUGGUAGAUACAACCAUUUGCCAUCCCAGGGAAUUUGAUUUUUAUCUGAACAGCCAUGCUGGGAUUCAAGGGACUAGUCGACCAACUCAUUAUCAUGUGUUGUUUGAUGAAAAUAACUUUAGUGCAGAUCAGUUACAGGGUUUAACCAAUAACUUAUGUUACACUUAUGCAAGGUGUACUCGAUCGGUGUCAAUAGUUCCUCCUGCUUAUUAUGCCCACUUGUUAGCUUCCCGAGCUCGCUGCUACAUUAGUGAUGUGGAAAAUCAUGAUUCCGGUUCUGCAAGUGGUAAUAGGAGUGCCCCCAACUCUGUUGCAACACUGCCCUCAAUUAUGGGAAACGUUUUAGAAGUUAUGUUUUACUGUUGAUGUUGGUUUGGCAUACAAGUUUUGGAGGGAAGAUUUGAAUGUUGGUUCAUUCACCUUGCCUUUUAAUGUCUAUUGCUUUUUUGUUUGUUUGUUUGUAAUUAUACAAUCUAAUUUUGGAGAAGAUAUUCACUUUCCUUCGUU